GUACAAAGGUCAAGCCAGACCAGUCAGCAAAGAAAACCUUCAGUCGCUUGCAGCUUUGCAACCUGGCUCUGCACCCCUUUACAACAAAAGAGUUGUGGAAGGGUUUAGACUGCGUUGAAUUCGAAACUUUGUACAAACAAAGGGGCUGUUUCAACCAAACGACCUUGUGUUAAGGAGAGUGUUUGCUUUCAGUCACAGGACACAUUCCUGUUGCUGGGUUCUCUUCCAGUUCCCAUCUGCUGCUGCUCCAUGCCCUUGUUCUGCCACUCACAAUGUCAGCACUUCAUUCUUUGAAGGAUGCCAAGCCGGUGCUGCUCGGGUCUGCGAUCCUGCUUGCCGGUGGCUACACCUUCUACCAUCUGUGGAGGCGCCUCGUGACCUUGGAGGGCCGGGCAGACACACGAGAGAACGUGUACGAAACGCAGCGAGCUCUAAAUCAAUACCUCCUCUUCCACUUUGGCUCAUCACAGGAACUGUCGCUGUACAUCAACGACACAGUCGCUCUCCAGAAUUUCCAACAAGUAUGUGCCCAGGAAUGUAUCAAAUACUUUACCCAACAGAGUGGAAUUCCCAGCAGAGCUCUGGAUAUUGGUUGUGCCGUGGGGAGGGCGUCGUUUGAGCUGGCACGGAUAUUUCAAGAGGUGGUGGGCAUCGACUACAGCCUUUCAUUUGUGAGUGCUUGCAAUCAGCUCAAAGAAAAAGGCCAGCUCCCUUACUGUGCUGUGACUGAAGGAGAACUGGGCACGCAGCACAUGGCUGUUGUGCCGACAGACAUUGAUCGGACUCGGUGCUCCUUCAGGCAGGGUGAUGCAUGCAAUCUACCGUCAGAUCUGGGAUCCUUCGGCUGUGUCCUGGCAGGCAACCUGAUCUGUCGUCUCCCCGACCCCUUUGAGUUCUUCCGCAGACUCCCAGAGCUCGUGGUCCCUGGAGGAAUCCUUGUUAUUACAUCGCCGUACACCUGGCUUGAGGAAUUCACGCCGAAGUCACGAUGGUUGGGUGGGUACAAGGAUGUCUCCGGCAAUGAGGUGCGAGGUUUUGACACGAUGAAGCGAGUCUUUUCUCCACACUUCAAGCUACUUGCAGAGAAGAACGAGCCUAUUGUGAUCCGGGAGACAGCACGCAAGCACCAGUGGACAAUGGCUCACAUGACUAUAUGGAGAAGGGGAACCUCCUAGGCUUCAGCAGCCUUCACUGUCCACGUUGGUGAAAUAGCUUGGCUUCGCAAACUGGUUGGGAUAUGUAAGAUAAUUUGUUGUUAAAUUUUAAUAAAGCAAAAAUUGGCAUAAAAGUAGAAUCUGCACAGACCAGUAAAAUCAGGCAAUCGAGUGACCAGCCAGGAACUGUUGAGAGAGCCAUCAGUCAUCUGUAAGCAAUUUAUGAUCUGGUCCCUCAACAUCCAAUUUUCCUCUUUACUCCCUUCGCACCUCUCAUUAAUGUCUACCAGCGCUAUGGAGGAACCAGUGCUGAUGGUCCCGAAUAAUAUCCUGCAGAGAUGCAUUAUAUGUGGAGCAGUAGGGUCCAUUUAGCUGAAUUGACUUUGUUUCCUCUUUGAAGAGAACAUUCUACACUUACAUUAGGCUAUACACUAUUGAUACUUCAGGUAGUUUUUGCUGCAAUUUGAAUGACUGUAUUCAGAAAUCUGUUACUACGCCACUGAUAUAAUUCCUCUUUUGAGCAUCGUGGUAAAACUAGGGAUCAAAUCAAUAAAUGUUACACUCAGACCUUCUCCUUUGUCCUUCUUCAACUAAUUGUUGAGUAGAGAAUGGAAACAUUAUAAUUUGAGACUCAGCAUCAAUUAUGUUGUCCAAUAUGAGGAUACAAAAUCUCUUAAUUAGUUAUUGGAUUGACAUUCCAUGACGAGAUGGCUCUGUCUCAGGUAUUUCAUAGUACUAGGGUUCAAAACAUUUGCAAUUCACUGGAUUCAUAUGCAGAACAGCACUAGACAAAGUAUACACAACGUGCACACAAACAAAACAGUAGCAUGCAAGUCACUAGAGUCAGUGAUCAAACUUCUCAGUUCAGGAUGCAGAAGGGUAUAAUCGAAAACUAUCAAGAAAUUUUUCACACAGACACUCAAAGUAUGCGAGCAGGGCUUUCAGUCAAAACAGGAGAAGCAAAGCUCGGGAAUCAUUCAAAAAGCAACAGGAUAUAGAAAGAAGGCAAUUGGAUGGAGUUGACAAACCAGCUAUGCUCAAACUGAAUAGAACAGGAAGCUCAAACAGAAGUUGCUGGAAAAGCUCGGUAGGUCUGGCUGCAUCUGUGAAGAAAA